CAAGGUUAGGAUCGGGGUGUGUGCGCCUGCGCGGGUAACCUGCCUAGGGGCACACCGAUGAUUUCAGACUGCAUUUCUACCCACUCUUCCAACCUUUCCAGCUCACGCUUCUCUGCCCUCCCUCUCUGCCCCUGCCCAUUUGGGUGCACAGAUAUAAACCCUCCAGCCAAUAUGUUUCCUUUGGGGGACUGGAAGGUUUGCCUGGAGGGUUCGCAUGGCUCCUGUCUCAUCCCAACGCUUUCCCUAGAGACGGAGCAAGGGUAUUUCCUGGCGGCUGCUCCCGGUGAGCUCACACCGUGGGCACUCCUUCAGAGCUAGAGCGGCAGGGCAGGUUACUGCUCCAGCUUUGCUAGAAACCUCGGAGCUCCCGACGCUUCGCCUCACCGCGUGGAAGUGGUGCUGGUCCGUCUCAGGGGAACACAGGUGGCCCGACAAUGCCGAGCAUAUUUUCCUACCAGAGCGCCGAAGUCGACUGGUGCGAAGGCAACUUUGAGCGCUCGACGAUCAUUGCGGAGUACUACAACACCAUCAGCAAUGUAAGCUUCUUUGUCCUUUCUCCUGCUCUGGUCUACCUGAACCGGCAGUACUGUCAGCAACGCGCCUUGCCCUUGUAUUUUGUCUCUGGCCUGCUCUUCUGCGUAGGUAUCUUCUCCAUGUACUUUCACAUGACCCUGAGCUAUGUGGGACAACUCUUGGAUGAGCUCUCCAUCCUCUGGACGCUGGCUGUGGCAUAUUCCUUUUGGUACCCAAAGGUUUACUUCCCCAGGUGCAUCAAGAGCAGGAAGCAUUUCUUCUGGUUGAGUGGUGUCACCACCGUGAUCAGUACCUUGAUGUCCUUCAUCAAACCAGCCUUCAAUGCCUACGCGCUCAACUGCAUCGCCUUCCACCUCCUGUACCUGACGUGGUGUGAGCUGAAAAAGUGCAAUGACAAAAGGGUUCACCGGAUGGCUGCAGCCAUGGUCGUGUGGUGGGUACUGGCCAUCAGCAGCUGGAUAAGCGAUAGGUGGCUCUGCGGGCUCUGGCAGGCGAUCAACUUCCCCUACUUCCACAGCUUCUGGCAUGUGCUGAUAGCCAUGUCCCUCCUAUACUGCUGCCCACUGGUCAUCUACUUUGACGUCAACUACGAGAUGCCGUCGUUCAAGCCAAAGCUCGGAUAUUGGCCCAGCGACUCUUGGCCUGUUGUGGUGCCUUACAUUACUCUGGAGGAACCCCACAAGCAGUGCUAG